GUCCGUCGGCAGCUCGAGCCCUAAAUGAGUGACUUGGCUUGGAUGCGGUCGCCGCCGUUGAGCUGUCACUCUCCGGUGACCCAACGUCUCUGGAGGCUGGUUAUGUUGUUGCUCUGACGUCAGCGCGAGCUACAAUGGAGCUGACAACAUGGGUAUAAAAGCCGGUUUGAAGGCUGGCGUUCUGGUGCUCCAAGCUUCUGCUUUGCACCGGGUUAACAUCAGACUACUGCAUGAGGGAGGGCUGAGGGGAUCAACAUGCACUUUCUGAGCUUCACACCCAUCGUCUUACUACAGCUGACUUUCCUCUCUGUACUGCAUGGUGACAAAUGGACAUACAGUGGGCCAGACGGAGAGCACCACUGGCCCAACCAUUAUCCAUAUUGUGGUGCAGCUUUCCAGUCUCCAAUAGACAUCAAGUCAGAGCUACUAAGGUUCGACCCAACUUUACGUCCAAUUGAGAUUCAAAACUACAACCUGUCAGUCAAUGAGCAGCUUACACUUGGAAAUAAUGGACAUUCUGUGCAAAUAUCACUGCCCUCUAAGAUGCACAUCUCCAGCCUGGCUCAUCGUUACACUGCAGCUCAACUUCAUUUCCACUGGGGCUCCUCCAGCAGACUUGCAGGCUCUGAACACAUGGUGAACAGUAAGCAGUGUGCAGCAGAGAUGCAUGUAGUGCACUUCAAUUCAGACAAGUAUCCCAAUAUGUCCUCAGCUGUAGACAAAUCUGAUGGCCUGGCUGUGCUAGGUGUCCUGAUUGAGAUUGGAGAGUUCAAUCCGGCCUUUGAACAUUUUCUGAAGUUCAUCAAUGGUAUCAAAUACAGGGAUCAGAAAGUGCAGGUGCCCGGUUUCAACAUCAGAGCACUGCUGCCUGCACGUUUGGAUGAGUAUUACCGCUACGACGGGUCACUGACGACUCCUCCAUGCUAUCCCAGUGUCCUGUGGACAGUGUUCAGGAAUCAUGUCACAAUAUCUCGCAAACAGUUUAUGACCCUGGCAACAUCCAUCUACUCCACCCAUGCCCAGGAGUCAGUCCCUGUGUCUCUGAAUGGCAACUACAGGAAACCGCAGCUCGCAGACAGCCGAGUUGUGCUGGUAUCUUUUAAGGAGGGUUUACUGGUUCCCAUACUGGUGGGCUCUACACUGGGACUUGUUCUCAUUGUCUCUUUAAUGUGCUGUCUAUUAAGGCAAAAAAGAGCUAGUGCUGAACAGGACAAACGCAAAGGUGCUGGAUACAACUUUGGAGAGAGAGACGAGUAUGGCUCAACAGUAUAGCCCAUCGUUGUGGACCUCGCUUCAACAGGACCAUGAGACCAUUGUCCCUUUGCAUCACUCAUUCUGUAUUCAUGUACCAUGGGUCAGUUGUGGAAGCAUGAAAGCUUUAAGUAGAUCACAUGAUAAAGUUUGCAUGCAUCUCUGGGGUUUUGGAAGCACUGCUUUUUCCUCAAGCCACAUUCUGUACUUCCUUUGCUGUGUUGUGGCGGCCAGAACAUGGUAGGUAGGCCUCCGUUGCUGUUUUAUGCUGUAUGACUAUUUCCUUAGAGCAAGAGAAACCACUGUCCUCUCUAAUCCCCCUAUUAUUUAUCUGACAUGAUGUGGUGAGUUUCUUAUGAAGAGCUCCACGCACAUGCUUCCAGGCAAACACAGUAAGGCCAGAGUUGAACUGGUGAGAAUCUCAGGUCAAGUCUGACCGUGGCACCCGUUCCCUUGGGCUGUCCCGGCGUGGUGGAAAGCCCAACCACAGUCCAAACAAUAGGGGGAUAGGAGUCGACAGACAUCCCUGAUGGUAGGGUGGCCUAAGUGGGAUGGGCUAUACCAAAUUUCUUCCACCAACCCUGUACUUAGAGCUGCUCUAUGGAUUUUAUAAUAAAAGGGCGCUUGGCUCCGUACAAACACACAAACAAACAGCUCCUUCCCCGAGAAUAAUGCUGAGAAAAAAAAUAAAGGCUUUUGUGUUUUCAGGCUGCACGUGGGCUGACCCCUAACCCCUGUCCGCCUGUCUGAUCACAAGACUCCUGAGAGCCUCUCAGUUAGACUGCAGCCUGUACAGUUAAUCACGGGACGGCUAGGGGGUUAUUGCAUCAUCAUUUCAUUCUCACAGGGUUCCCUUGGCCAUUGUAUCAUCUCUUGUGAGUUUAUUAAAUUAAUGCAUUUCUUAGGGAUCAUUCUUGAUGCUAGAGUUUAUGUUCAGUGUACAGUAUCUGCAUGCGUAUGACGUAGAAAGUGACUCAUUUACUGUAAGAGCAGACCUUAGAUACUUUGGACUGAUUAAACAAGCUAUGUAGUAAAAAUGAGGAAAGGGUAAAGUGAAGUACAGGGUGACUGUUUCUCUACAAUAAAGUGUUACGGUAGUGCACACCAUCCUAAUGACAUUUAUCAGUCUUCCAGCAGAAGAUUAUUUUGCCCGUUCAAUGCUGCUUGUGGCCUCAUUACACUGUCGAUAUCCUGUUGCCAUAUCUCAGAAACAAUGUGCUACUCCAUGUGUUAAACUGUAGUUAUUAAGUACAUUUUGUUUGUGCCAUAAUGUUCUUCAGUUGUUACUUUGUGUAUCAUAAAUAAAUAACUAAUGUCUCAGA